ACAACAUCAUUUUUAGAACACAAAAUAAGAUAUUUUGAAGAUUUGAAGAUACAAAACUACAGAAUAAAGAAAGUCAUAUGGGUUUGAAAUUACUGGAGGGUGAGUAAAUGAUGACAGUAUUUAAAAUUUUAAGAGAAUUACAGUAUUGUAAAAGUUUAUGUGUUACUCUGGUUUACACUCAUUGAACUCGUUUUUUCAAUGGUGCCUAUUGUAAAGGACACAGUUUAAUGAUCGUACCGCAAUUGUACCAUAUACUGUUAGUGUUAGUAUAUGUUCUUUUUAGAGCUAUGACAUCACAACUGAACUUAUUCAGUAUGUAAGAGGUUACCAGCCUGCAACUUAACUACUCAAUUCAACUGAAUGUAAAAUACAAAGGGAAUCUUGAUUUUGGAUUACGGCUGUAACAAAAUCAGACUUGUACGAAACGGUUAAUGUAGAAAUAUUUCACAGAGGCAAUGUUAUCGUGAUCAAAAGUGUUUUUAAAGAAAUAAAUAUUCUGAAAUGUUAAGGAAUACCCAUGUUAUUCAAAUCCAUAUUUAAUAACGUUUAUUUUGUGUUUUUGGGCAAAUAAACUCAAAACACGAGUGAAAGAGAGAGUCUGUUACCUGUAGGUCUCUUAAGUCAAAACUUGAGUGCAAAAUUAUACAUGAUAUUAUUAUACGUGUAGAAUUAACACAAUAUCUUUUAUCAUGGUUUUUAUUAUCACAGCAAUUGACAAUACUGGUGUGACACCGCAUUAAUAACGAACCCCUAAAAUCAGUGGUAAAAAACUAUGGUCUAGAAGCACCUAAUCCUGGUUGGAAGAUUAAAUUUAAAUUAAACUGUAAAUUUAUUUCUGAAUUUUGAUUGGUUGAUUUAUAUGUUGUCCCAGGGUCAACAUGAUGUUGUCCGAAGGAUAUCAACCACUGUGCAAAAACAGGAGAGCCCCACUGACCCUAUCAUAUUUUUUAACACAAUAUCUCAUCCCCUAUAGCCUUUACUUUUACAAAGAAAUCUUUCAAUCCAGUGAAAUGUUGUACCGUUCCCUGUUCCCUUAAUGUGGGCUUUCAGAGGUCAGACCUUACAGCUACCUCUAAGAGAGCCCUCAUCCUGUUCUCGUUCAGCUUUUAUCUCUUUUUAGCUCAUCGUCGUGCAAGGCUUGAGAUCUUUGAAGCUGCAAUUUAUCUAUACAUCUCAACAACAACAAUGAAAAUGUAAGACAUUAUUUGCUCUCCCUGUUAAGCUGCAUGGCUGCUGAAGGGAAGAGAGAUGAUGAAAUGAAAACUAUUGAGAAUAUAACAGGGGGUUAUGUGCUGAAGGGCAACGGCCUGUGAGACAGAUAAGAGGAUUUGACACUCAUCGUAGAGGACACAGCGAAUUUCCUGAUCUCAGUUUUUUGUUUCUAUGCACGGUUUGUGUGUAUAUAAAUUACAUUAGAUAUGUUUUGAUGAACAUAUAGCUUGUCUCAGCAAGAUCAUUCUGUGUGACGCCUGAAGUAAAGAGCUUUCUGCUCUUCAAAGGCAAGGCAAGUCUUCUGUACUGCCAAGUUUCAGAUCUGAGUUGAGCAUAUGCAGGUGCAGAAUGCUGUGAAUUUACGAGCUGGUUUGAUACGAAAGAUACUAUGGCAGGAAAUAUUCUUAAUGUCUUAAAAUGGUCUUUAUUCGGGGUGUCUCAUAUACAAAAUUAAGAUGAAUUUGACUGGUAGCAUUAUUGUUUAUUUUUUCCAAUAGAUGUCGUGAUCAUUAUCAUAAGGAACAUAUUGGUACUAAAUGUAUCUGUACAUAAUGGUAAUGGUACAUAUUGGCACCUUUUUAAAAGGUACCAUCCCAGUGACAGCUUUUGUAUUAUUUCUUUUAAUAUUUGUAAUGUCAUGUCACACUGUACACUCACUUCUGAUCCUCAAGAUUUAUUUAAAUAAAAAUAUUAUUUUACUUUUUUUACUUUGCAUAUGUGGUACUAAGGUAAUCAACCCCACGGUCAUCCACUUGAUGACUUGCUCUUUUGUGAUCCCGCCGUAAAUGUUUAUGGCACGGUUAUGAUGUUGAUGUGCCCAUAAAGUCAGGCAGAGAGAGAUAGGGGUUGUAUAUAAGCACAGACCGUUUCCACCAUCAGUACCUUUCUCCAAGCUGAACUCCUGUUUUGCUUUUUUCUCUCCGCUCAACACUCAACACACAAACCAUGGCUUUCUCUGGCAAGUGGGAAACUGAAUCUCAGGAUGGAUAUGAGGAAUUUUGCAAACUAGUUGGUAUCCCUGAUGAUAUCAUUGCAAGAGGACGUGACUUUAAGCUUGUGACAGAGAUCAUCCAGAACGGAGAUGACUUUACAUGGAUCCAGCACUAUCCAAAAAACCACACCGUAAACAAUAAAUUCAUCAUUGGCAAAGAGAGUGAAAUGGAGACAGUUGGUGGGAAAAAAUUCAAGGGGACCGUCAACAUGGACGGGGGCAAGCUGACCAUAGAUUUCCCAAAGUACCACCACAUAUCCGAGGUCAGUGGUGGAAAGCUGGUUGAGACCUCCACUGCUAGCAGCGCUACGGGUCCAGUCGUUCUUGUUCGUACAAGCAAGAAGAUCUAACUGCAUUGUUGAAAUACAAGACAUUGUUCUGUAUACAACCCUUUGACCUUCAGCUCACUUG